AUGACACCACUGUCCCCUCUGUUGGUGGGUGGCUAUGGUGGAGGGAAUCCAGGGCCAGCAUUUGCUUCCUUUCUUCUUCUUCAUCUCCUUCUUCUUCUUCAUCUCCUUCUUCUUCUUCACCUCUUCCAUCGCAACCCACCAACGUCUCCACCCACCCAUAGGGGCCUCCGAAUCUCACGCCUUCGUCAAUGUAUCAACGUCAGCCAUUCUUCCAUUCCUGAUCCAUGGCCUGCAAUUGAUAAAAUACAAUGCACAUGCUGCAUGCACAUUGGUAUCCAUCCACAUAUGUCCAUCUCAUCAAGCAAAAUGGUUGGUGGUGAAGGACAGCCAUCGGAUCUUCGGCUCCAGAUUAACCAUCAACAAGCUCCUGUAGGUACUCGGUAGGUAGGUAUCUUGAUGAAGCUUUUCUUUUUCUUAUUCCCGAGUUUGUAGCGAUUGGAUUCUACAGACCAUAACCAUAGCCAUAGGUGGUGACUAACUCGAGGGAUUACCUACCUAGUACCUGUUAGCUUUGCGGGGAAGAGAUCAGGUAAAGAAAAUCCAUUUCAUGACUAAAAUUUUCGCCCUCUUCGCCAUCACUUCUUGAAUCAUGCGCCGGUUACGGUGAGUAGGAGAUUGCUAUUGGACUUACUUAUCUCUAUGCAUUUCCUUUUAUAAUUUUUACCCAUUUUCUUUUCUUCCUCUCUUCAAGCAUAUAUUAUCUAUACUUUUCUCAUCUCAUUCCUUGUCAUCGAUUCUCCCUCAUAUAAAAUGAGUGCCCUAAAAGAUGAGCGGUCAGGAAUACGGCAUGACAACGAAAUCAACGAUGCGAAUGCGGUGGGGAAUGUGGACAAUUAUAUAAGGGGCCCGUUAGAUAAGACCCAUCCAGUGAAAGAUCAAAGACAUUACACCGAUGACCCCGAUAGAAUAGAGCACUCGAAGCCGAUUGAUGUACCCCCGGAUGGCGGAUAUGGUUGGGUCUGUGUCGCAUGCGUAUUCUUAAUCAAUGGACAUACUUGGGGAGUGAACAGUGUUAGUGAGAAAGCUUGGUAUACUUUCCUAAUGCUAAUAAUUCUGUCAGUCCUAUGGAGUCUUUCUCGCUCACUACCUCGCGAAUAAUACUUUUCCUGGCGCAACUUCACUUGAAUAUGCAUUCGUUGGUGGUUUAUCCAUUUCCCUAGCUCUGUUUACGGCACCGGUAGCUACCAUCUGUACGCGCAAGUUUGGAACACAAAUUACUCUAGCCGUUGGUAUCUUAUUCGAAACGGCGGGACUUCUGGGAGCUUCUUUUGCAUAUGAGAUAUGGCAUUUGUUUCUAUCACAAGGUGUCGCUUUUGGGUUCGGUAUGGGCUUUUUAUUCGUAGGUAGUGUUGGAGUCGUCCCACAGUGGUUCUCGAAGCGCCGAUCUUUAGCCAAUGGUAUUUCAGCAGCUGGAAGUGGGCUUGGAGGUUUAAUAUAUUCCUUGGGGACAAACGCAAUGAUUCAAUCCAUUGGAUUAGGCUGGGCUUUUCGCAUAUUGGCCAUUUUGGCUUUUGGAGUUAAUACCAUCUGCACAAUCAUGGUUAAGGAUCGAAAUAAAGCUGUUGGAUCUGUUCAAAAAGCUUUUGACAUGCAAUUGUUUAAAAGGCCUGAAUUUCUUCUCCUACUUGGAUGGGGAUUCUUCAGUAUGCUUGCAUACAUCGUUCUUCUUUUCUCCUUGCCAAAUUACGCGAGGAGUAUAGGUCUCUCAGCCAAGCAAGGUUCAGUUAUUGGUGCUCUCCUAAAUCUCGGACAAGGUCUUGGUCGGCCACUCGUGGGAGGCUUCUCGGAUGUAACCGGACGUAUCAAUAUGGCAGGCGUGUGUACUUUCCUAGCAGGAUUUUUCUGUCUCGUCAUAUGGAUCUUUGCUAAAUCCUACGGCGUUCUCAUCUUCUUCGCUCUCAUCGUUGGAACUGUAUCGGGUACAUUUUGGGCUACUAUCGCUCCUGUAGGCGCUGAAGUAGUCGGUUUGAAAGUUCUUCCUUCGGCUCUUUCUCUAACUUGGCUAGUUCUUGUGAUCCCUUGCACGUUUUCUGAACCAAUCGGUUUAAAACUGAGAGCUUCGUCUGGGGAUAUAUAUUUACAUGCGCAGGUUUAUGCGGGAUGUAUGUAUAUUGGAGCGGCGAUGUGUAUGUGGGGUGUUAGGGCAUGGAAAAUUAGGGAAUUGGAUAAUUUGAGGGAUGGUGAUAGGAAGGAGGAGGAAAUUAGGGAUGAUGAUGAAGUGAGGAGGGAGAGGGAGAGGGAGAUGGAGAGGGAAAGAGAGUUUGAUGAGGAGAACAAGGAUGAGGUGGGUGUUGAUGUGCCCGUGAGGAGACAAAUGACGAGAACGGAGAGUGUGAAGAGGGUUACGAGGGGAUUGUGGGUUUUACGGAGGGUGUAGUGAGAGUAUGAUAGAUACAUAUUAUGUUAUGUACAAUAAUACAAAAAAAUGAUUUAUAAUAGAUAUAAUAAAAGAAAUAUGUUAU